UGUGGUGUAAACCAUGAUGGAAACCAACAAAAUGCCAGGUAUUUUUUUUUUCUUUUUUUUUGUUAAUUUUAAUCCUGGGAUUCCACUGUUUGCUUGUUUUUUUAAGUUAGCUUUUCCAAAGACAAACAUGUGUUCUCCCUGUUUUUCCACUUGUUUGUGUAUUACCCUUGUACUAUAUACCUGAUAGAUUUACCAAGUAACCCCACCUUGCUGAUAUCAGAAGUUGUUAUUUCUGUGUAAAAAGGAAGGAAGCAGAGAGAAGAAGUUGAAAAAACCUCUUUGUUUCCUUCACAGCUCUUUGGUAUCUGCUGUGCUGCUGCUUCACUCUCUCUCUUUACAGAAAGUUGUAGAAGUUUUCAGACGUGUCACUGCUGGAUGUGAGGAUGGGAGCCACUUUGCUCUGUGAGCUGGGCCUAUUCUUGCUCUGUACGCUCCUCUGCACCGGACACACUCAAGGUGAUCAAGAUGCUGUGCUAACUAUUGAACCCAGCUGGUCCAGUUUUUUCAUUGAAGAGUUUGUUACCUUCAAAUGUGACAUGAAUGAAGGAGAAGACACUGACUGGGAAUACAAAAUCAACAAGGAUGGUCGAGAAUUUAUCCCCUACAACACACACAAAGACUACAGUUUACCAAUUACAACUACAGAUUACAGUGGUGAAUAUCAGUGCUCUGGUCGCAGGAAGAGCUCACAUGAUACAAAGAACAGUAGUGCUGUCUCAUUAACGGUAUUAGAUAGACCCAGGGCCACACUGACACUAGGAACAACAAUCAUACCAGUAGGGGGCAGUGUGACACUGAACUGCUCUGUGGACAGCUAUGCUAAAUGGAAAUAUGAGUGGUUCAGACGAACCCAAAGAACCUCUGAAGUUCCAAUCAGAGAUCAACAAAACAGAGAUAUCAGAGUAUCUCAAGGAGGAAUCUACCGCUGCAGAGGAACAAGAGGAAACCCAGUUUACAACACUGAUAUAAGUGAUGAUGUCACCAUUGAGAAAACUCUUUCCAAUAAAGUUGUUGUAAAACAACAACCCAACUGGCCUCAGAUAUUCAGAGGUGAGACGAUCACUCUGACAUGUGAGGUGCAGGAAGGAGGUGAAACCACUGAGUGGGAGUAUGAAUGGAGAGGACCCAGGACACCCACACAGUGGACACACAAUAAUGAUGUGACAUUCAGAGUUUCUGAGUCCAGCAGUGGAGACUACAUGUGUAAGAGUCGACGCAGAGAUGACUCAUAUUCUUCAACAGAGUGGAGUGAAGCCUUCACAUUGUCAGUAUCAACAGAUAAACCCAGGGCCACACUGACAGGAACAACAACAAUCAUACCAGUAGGGGGCAGUGUGACACUGACCUGCUCUGUGCAGAGCUCUGAUGGAUGGAAAUAUGAGUGGUUCAGACGAACCCAAACAACCUCUGAAGUUCCAAUCAGAGAUCAACAAAACAGAGAUAUCAGAGUAUCUCAAGGAGGAAUCUACAGCUGCAGAGGAACAAGAGGAAACCCAGUUUACUACACUGAUAUAAGUGAUGAUGUCACCAUUGAGAUAACCUUUUCCAAUAAAGUUGUUGUAAAACAACAACCCAACUGGCCUCAGAUAUUCAGAGGUGAGACGAUCACUCUGACAUGUGAGGUGCAGGAAGGAGGUGAAACCAUUGAGUGGGAGUCUCAAUGGAGAGGACCCAGGACACCCACACAGUGGACACACAAUAAUGAUGUGACAUUCAGAGUUUCUGAGUCCAGCAGUGGAGACUACAUGUGUAAGAGUCGACGCAGAGAUGACUCAUAUUCUUCAACAGAGUGGAGUGAAGCCUUCACAUUGUCAGAAUCAACAGAUAAACCCAGGGCCACACUGACAGCAGGAACAACAAUCAUACCAGUAGGGGGCAGUGUGACACUGACCUGCUCUGUGCAGAGCUCUGAUGGAUGGAAAUAUGAGUGGUUCAGACGAAACCAAACAACCUCUCCAGUUCAAAUCAAAGAUCAACAAAACAGAGAUAUCAGAGUAUCUGAAGGAGGAAUCUAUCGCUGCAGAGGAAGAAGAGGAAAACCAGUUUACUACACUGAUAAAAGUGAUGAUGUCACCAUUGAGAUAACCUCACAGUUCAGGACUGAAACGUUUCCUACUCGGUUGAUCACUGGACUUCUUUGUGGAAUUUUACUGAUUCUUCUUCUGCUGCUGCUGUGUUACAUCAAACUGUCAAAAGAUGAAUCUUUUGUCAGGACUCAAAGCACAAAUCAGAGCUCUGCUAUGAAACACAUGAUCAACCAGGAAGCUCAACACAGUCAAAACACUUCUCUCCAAGGUGAUGUUUGUAUAUAUGAAUCAAUCAGAGACUACGAUGACAGAGUAAAGGCUGAAUGCAGGGAUUUCACAUAUUCUUUGAUUGAGCUUAAAAACUUCACUAACAAAGAUGACAGCCUGUUGUACGCAGACGCCACCUACAGUAAGACUGAAUGCAACAGUGACAAAAGAAAAUCAGCCACUGAAGCAGCCGACGAAGGGGUUUAUUCUGAAAUCAAACCACAAGAAACACAAGGAGCUUCAUGUUGUGACUGUAAUGAUUAUCAAAUAGGUUUUAAAUGGAGUAAAUUCAUUACCAAAUCACCUUUAACCAUUGAAUAAUCCUGAUUAUGUUCUUCCAGAUUAAUAACAAACAAAAGCAGUUGAAUGCAGGACAGAAUUUACUUUAUACAUCCAUCCAUCCAUUCGCUUCCGCUUAUCCUUGUUCAGGAUAAAUUCAUAUGAAUUUCACAAAGCAUUGAAAGAAGAAAUGAGAAGAAAAAAGUUUUUUGCCUGUUUUUUAAAAAGCUGCCUUUCAUUGUAAAUGAGCUUUAUCUGAAAGUGAUGAUGUGGCUUUGAGUUCAGUUCAGUAUGUGUACUGAUGUUUUCUAUGUC